CAGGCAUUGUUUCUUCCUGGUUAUAUACAGGGGCGUGUCCCAACUCCUUCCUGCAAUUUUUUAAACACCACACAUUUUUCUUCUUUGCGCUCCACGACAACGCUUUUUAUUUUAUUCUUUAUUUUCCAAAAAAUAAAACAAGUGCGCUUUAGUUACCAAUAACAAGGACGCGCGAUCAAACGAUCAAGCGAUAUUUUACGUACAAUAUCCACACUUCGUUCCAGUGGCAUCGCUCUGCCGGCAGCGCGUUUAAAUUCAAUCUCGCAUAUUUUUACGACCACACCCUUUUACACGCGUAUAAGAAUGAAGAUGAGUGGGAUAUCCUUGAGCGAAAACGAUAAAUGGUUGAUUGGGCUGUCGGUUGUGAUGCCGCCGCUGGCCAUGUACCUCAAGUUCGGCAGGUCGAAAACGCUGACUACAAACUGCCUGCUCACAGUCUGUUUGCUGCUUCCAGGAAUCUUUCACGCAAUCAAUUCGAUUUUCAGCUAUCCAAGCGUGGUGUUUCGCGGAAGGAGCGAGCCAAAGAACAUCUCUGACUCGCGCGAUGAUGGGGUCAUCUGGGGCAUACCUCAGGAUCAGUUCCAGAGUAUCAGUCACUCAAUCCGCGUGCUCGAGGCACAAAACAUAGCGCUAAAGAGCAGCCCUGUGCGAGUCAAGUCAGCUUCGGAGCUUUCGCUGGCAUCCGGAUCAAGGUCACAGCUUACUAUAACCACCAGCUCAACAGCCAACGAGUCGUACAUGGCGUACUUGCAUGGUCAGGCACCACUGCUCAACCCCAGCUAUGGCUGGGGACCGGCAGCGAUGGGCCAGUUGCCGUUAAAAGUGGGCAUCGCACAUUGAAACAUGCGGCGCGUUUGGUUGGGGGAGAGCGGCUGCAGCGGCGGCGGGAUAAAUGCUGCUAAACAUAGCAAACCAAUGGCCCAAUCAUGGGCGAUGACCAAACGAGAUGCAUCUUGCACCCAGGUUUGGUUUAAUAUCUGUGUAAAUGAAGGGGUAGAUUAAUCCAGUCUAGUACCUGUAUAAAUUUGUCAUGUCGCAAUUAUGCAUAAUGAAUGACAUCAAACCUGACUUUAUUAUUUUCUGUGGUGACUGCGAGUGUGUAUAUCUUAGAAAAGAGAGGGAGUUUGAAAAGCCUCCAUUUGUCCACCUUGCUUUGAUUUUUUGGAGUAGUACAGCGCAGCACACACACGUAGUUCU